CGGUGCAGCAGUGCACGUGUUGGAGCCGGAAGCGCCGCUGGGGCUGAGAUCUGGGGAGAUGGAAGAAGAAAUGGAGGCUCAGAGCACCGGGGCGGAGGAGGGCUUCACCCAUGUCACCCGCAAGGGUGGCCGGCUGGCGAAGAAACGACAGGCUGAUCAGCUGUCGGCAACGGGGGAGGGCGAGGACGCCAGCCGUAUGAUCACAGAGGAGGCCCGGCCACCGAAGAGGCCUGUGUUCCCGCCCCUCUCGGGGGACGGGUUCCUGAGUGGGAAAGGAGAAAUAAGAAAAAUUCCAGUCCCAGCUAACAGAUACACACCGUUAAAAGAAAACUGGAUGAAAAUAUUUACUCCUAUAGUAGAGCAUUUGGGACUCCAGAUACGCUUUAACUUGAAAUCAAGGAAUGUGGAAAUCAGGACUUGUAAAGAAACUAAGGAUGUUAGUGCUCUGACAAAAGCAACCGAUUUUGUGAAAGCCUUUAUCCUUGGGUUUCAGGUGGAGGAUGCACUUGCCCUCAUCAGGUUGGAUGAUCUAUUCCUGGAGUCCUUUGAAAUUACAGAUGUUAAGCCUCUAAAGGGAGACCAUCUGUCCAGAGCAAUAGGAAGAAUUGCUGGCAAAGGAGGAAAAACUAAAUUCACCAUAGAGAAUGUGACACGGACUCGGAUAGUUUUGGCUGAUGUGAAAGUUCAUAUCCUUGGCUCUUUCCAAAACAUCAAGAUGGCAAGAACUGCCAUUUGCAACCUCAUCUUGGGAAAUCCUCCAUCAAAGGUUUAUGGCAAUAUUCGAGCUGUGGCUAGCAGAGCAGCAGAUCGAUUGUAAUUUCAAAUCAGAGACGCCUAUCUUUGGACUCCAAGAAAAAGACAUUGCGUUCUACAAUUGGUCUCAAGAAACCAUGUGAAGAAUUUUCAGUCACUUUAAGCCUCAGUCACUUCUUCCAUUCUCUGUCAGAGCAUAACCAGAAAGAUUUAAUAGCCUUCACACACCACAGCUUUUAGAGGAGUAUUUACAUAUAAAAAUUUAAUACUUUUAUUAUUCUUACACAUUAGGUAUAAUUUAUAAUUACUUUUCAUUUUAAGUCACACAUAGCAGAUCUAUGUAGCUUGUAAUCCUCUCACUUGGAGGGAGGCUUCUUGCUUAAACAGUUCUGUGUGAAUUUAUAAGUUAUUUGUGAAUUUAUAGCAUUUUAUAGAAUAAAAUUAUUUCAUAAGUUUUAAUUAAAAGUAUCAUCUCAGAAAUCCUAUGAAACCUGCUCUUCAAAACUGUGUGGUGUGUAUUUUAAAACCAGGUCAUAAGCAGUGGUCUUAGCUGUUGUAUAUGAAUUAAUAAGAGCUAAUCUUUGUACUAUUGUGCAGUUUUUUAAAUCCAAGACCUACAUCACAAGGUUGACGUGAGGAAAGUAUCUUAUUUUUCAAGGAAGUAUUUAGUGAAAGUAGUCAAGACAUUACCAAUGUUUGAGUAUCCAGAUGCUCCUCAACUUACAACACAGUGAUACCUGUAUAGAUCUACUGUGAGUUUAAGUAUCACAAGUCAAAAAUAUAUUUAAUACACUUGACAUCCUGAACUUUGCUCAGAACACUAAGCCUGUGGUUAAGCAAAAUCCUCGACCACAAAGCCAAUAAAGUGUUGAAUUUCUCAUAAAAUGUAUUGAAUACUCAACGUGAAAAACAAAAUGGUUGUGUGGGUACUCAUAGCACAGCUUCCAACAAAUGCCUGUCACUCUCACACCUGUAAAGUUAAAAAAUUGUUAAGUGGAGCCAUCAUAAAGCUAUACUCCAUAGUAAGGAUGAAAUAAUACAAGGAUGUCUCCUCUGCCAAUAAACAGUUCUAAAAAUGCAAUAGGAGUUUUACUAGGGUCUUCCUAUUUAAAUGUGAUUAUUUUCCUUUUUAAAUGGAAGGAACUUAGGGGCAGCACCUGUGGCUCAAAGGAGUAGGGCACCAGCCCCCUAUACCGGAGGUGGUAGGUUCAAACCCAGCCCCAGCCAAAAACUACAAAAAAAAAAUGGAAGGAACUUACUUUUAAUGUGAUUUUGAUACUACCAUCUUGUAUAUCUUUAAAACUCUUAAUGAAAACUUGAACUUUGAUGACUUGGAAAAUUCAUGUAAGAACUAAAAGUAUUCUUGGUAAGCUUCUUUCCUUUGUAUCAGUUACAUGUGUCACUGUUCCCAGCUACUUUGUACAUCACAUAGAAUUGGAUAUACUUACACACUAACUGGAAAUUCAGUUGAAAAUUGCUGAAAAUGUCCCUGCCCACUUUUUUCCUGUUGCAGCACAACAGCAUGGAGAAAGUGUGUAUAAAUGAUGUUACUGCAGUUUGAGACUUUCAUAUUCUGGGGUCUGUGAAGGCUGGCUGAUGUACUGGCCCACCCUCGCCCUUUGCCCAGGAAGUAUAUUCAAAAUCAUGACACUUGGUGUGUACUUUUCUCAGUAACGUAAUGUCCACAGCUUUAAUCAGGUUUUCAAAACACUUGGCCAGAAUGUACUGUCACUAGGUAACCAUAAAGUUUUGGGGUUGAUUUUUAAGGUAUUGAGGCAGGAAGUUAAGAGCAUUAUUUUGAUUAGGAAGUAUGAGUUCUUCCAUAUUAAAAGGAAGUGAUGUUUUCAUAUAGUUUGAAUUAACUUCAUUUUGAAGAUCUUCUAAGUAGUACAACUAUCAGUAAUACAGGGGAGCAAAUGUAUUUCCCUGAAAGCUGUCUAAAAUCUGGGAUGCUGGAUUUAAAGACUUAUUUGGGGCCCAUCCUGAGCAAGUGUUUAUAUAUCUCCCCUGACCCUGGGGGAAGUAGUACUAAUUAGGGCUUGAAAAGAUAGAAAAUGUUAGCAGUAACCCAAAUAAUUUUUGGGAUACGAAAGGAUAAAACAGAAAUAGAGGUAUUAAAUUUGAUUGUAUCAUACUGGCAGGUGAUCUUAACCAUCCGGGUCAAAUAACUUCAUUAAACUUUUCCCUGAAGGGCCAGGACACUAUUUCAGACCUUAUUCAUGCUAUGCUUAUGGAUGUUUCUAUGGCACAUUAUGCUAUGUUGUAAUUAUUAUGUCUGUCUGUAAGGCCUCAUGUACAUUCCUGACAUAACAGUUCACAUAUGUAUCGACUGAUACACUGCCUGGGGGAUGAGCCUAGGAGAAGAGUAUUUUCUGAGCUAUUUGUGGCUGAAAAGGGAGGAGACAUUGGAUUUCCUCCUGGUCACUACAAGAUAUUGGACUCAACUCUCAUGCCACCUAGAACUAGGAUGAUAGGCAAGAAAACUCAUGCUUGUUGGGCAUGUGGUAAAGAGACCUAAUUUUCCCGAUCCUAGAGCCAUGUUAACCAUACUUAGAUAGGGACAGCAUGCUUAAGUUACUGGAAGCAAAUGGGAUGCAUACACAGCCAUCUACGACCUGCAGAAUACUUCCAUUGUGCCCAUGCAAAUUACUGCUUUGGUCAAAGAAACCACAAGGUCUUCUGGAAGCUUGAGAGCAGGAACACCUGUUUGAUCUGGUUAGCACACAGAUUUUAAGGCCCAAGGGAACUAACCGAAAGGUUGAAAUGAGAAUGGACUUGAACUUAAAUUUUAGCUACUGCAAUAAGACCAUUUUAAGUGUGUGGAUGUUUUGAAAACUAAAGGUUAAUGUUUAAAGAAGUGAGCUUGAAUACCCGUUUUCUUUUUAAGUCUCAGAAACUAGAAAGAUUGAUUUCUUAAAACAAAAAAAAUUGUAAAAUAUACAUAAAAUUUACUACUUUCAUUUUUGUAAGUGUACAUAAAUU